AUGUCCCCUCUGCUGCUUCCAUACAUGUCCCCUCUACUGCUUCAAUGCAUGUCCCCUCUGCUGCUUCCAUACAUGUCCCCUCUGCUGCUUCCAAACAUGUCCCCUCUGCUGCUUCCAUACAUGUCCCCUCUGCUGCUUCCAUGCAUGUCCUCUCUGCUGCUUCCAUACAUGUCCCCUCUGCUGCUUCCAUGCAUGUCCCCUCUGCUGCUUCCAUGCAUGUCCCCUCUGCUGCUCCCAUGUCCCCUCUGCUGCUUCCAUACAUGUCCCCUCUGCUGCUUCCAUACAUGUCCCCUCUGCUGCUUCCAUGCAUGUCCCCUCUGCUGCUUCCAUGUCCCCUCUGCUGCUUCCAUACAUGUCCCCUCUGCUGCUUCCAUGCAUGUCCCCUCUGCUGCUUCCAUGCAUGUCCCCUCUGCUGCUUCCAUACAUGUCCCCUCUGCUGCUUCCAUGUCCCCUCUGCUGCUUCCAUGCAUGUCCCCUCUGCUGCUUCCAUACAUGUCCCCUCUGCUGCUUCCAUACAUGUCCCCUCUGCUGCUUCCAUACAUGUCCCCUCUGCUGCUUCCAUACAUGUCCCCUCUGCUGCUUCCAUGCAUGUCCCCUCUGCUGCUUCCAUACAUGUCCCCUCUGCAGCUUCCAUACAUGUCCCCUCUGCUGCUUCCAUACAUGUCCCCUCUGCUGCUUCCAUACAUGUCCCCUCUGCUGCUUCCAUACAUGUCCCCUCUGCUGCUUCCAUACAUGUCCCCUCUGCUGCUUCCAUACAUGUCCCCUCUGCUGCUUCCAUGCAUGUCCUCUCUGCUGCUUCCAUGCAUGUCCCCUCUGCAGCUUCCAUACAUGUCCCCUCUGCUGCUUCCAUACAUGUCCCCUCUGCUGCUUCCAUACAUGUCCCCUCUGCUGCUUCCAUACAUGUCCCCUCUGCUGCUUCCAUACAUGUCCCCUCUGCUGCUUCCAUACAUGUCCCCUCUGCUGCUUCCAUACAUGUCCCCUCUGCUGCUUCCAUACAUGUCCCCUCUGCUGCUUCCAUACAUGUCCCCUCUGUUGCUUCCAUACAUGUCCCCUCUGCUGCUUCCAUACAUGUCCCCUCUGCUGCUUCCAUACAUGUCCCCUCUGCUGCUUCCAUGUCCACUCUGCUGCUUCCAUACAUGUCCCCUCUGCUGCUUCCAUGUCCCCUCUGCUGCUUCCAUGCAUCUUCCAUACAUGUCCCCUCUGCUGCUUCCAUACAUGUCCCCUCUGCUGCUUCCAUACAUGUCCCCUCUGCUGCUUCCAUACAUGUCCCCUCUGCUGCUUCCAUACAUGUCCCCUCUGCUGCUUCCAUACAUGUCCCCUCUGCUGCUUCCAUGCAUGUCCUCUCUGCUGCUUCCAUGCAUGUCCCCUCUGCAGCUUCCAUACAUGUCCCCUCUGCUGCUUCCAUACAUGUCCCCUCUGCUGCUUCCAUACAUGUCCCCUCUGCUGCUUCCAUACAUGUCCCCUCUGCUGCUUCCAUACAUGUCCCCUCUGCUGCUUCCAUACAUGUCCCCUCUGCUGCUUCCAUACAUGUCCCCUCUGCUGCUUCCAUACAUGUCCCCUCUGCUGCUUCCAUACAUGUCCCCUCUGCUGCUUCCAUGCAUGUCCCCUCUGCUGCUUCCAUACAUGUCCCCUCUGCAGCUUCCAUACAUGUCCUCUCUGCUGCUUCCAUACAUGUCCCCUCUGCUGCUUCCAUACAUGUCCCCUCUGCUGCUUCCAAACAUGUCCCCUCUGCUGCUUCCAUACAUGUCCCCUCUGCUGCUUCCAUACAUGCUUGUGGAGCGGCAGGAACCAAUGCACGGAGAGCACAUUGCGACGCCUGUGAGCUUUAGCCCAGCUCUGAUCAAACAGUUGGCACAUAGCCUCUGCCGCCUCUUCCUGUUGGUCUGUCUCGGGGCGGGUGUGGCUCCGCCUGCCUGCCUGUCUGUGCAUGAGCCGCCGCUGCUGCUGGCCGUGAGUAAAUGCCAGCCUCUCUUUGGCCGUGGCCUUUACCAAAGCUCCUGUCGGGGCCGCGGAGCAGGGGCCGAGCGCUGUGCCGCGGCUGUGCUUCUCCAGAGCGCUGUGCUGCGGCUGUGCUUCUCCAGAGCGCUGUGCUGCGGCUGUGCUUCUCCAGAGCGCUGUGCUGCGGCUGUGCUUCUCCAGAGCGGCUGUGCUGCGGCUGUGCUUCUCCAGAGCGCUGUGCUGCGGCUGUGCUUCUCCAGAGCGCUGUGCUGCGGCUGUGCUUCUCCAGAGCGCUGUGCUGCGGCUGUGCUUCUCCAGAGCGGCUAUGCUUCUUACGAGCGGCUGUGCUUCUCCAGAGCGGCUAUGCUUCUUACGAGCGGCUGUGCUUCUCCAGAGCGGCUGUGCUUCUUCAGAGCAGCUGUGCUUCUCCAGAGCGGCUGUGCUUCUCCAGAGCGGCUGUGCAUUCUUGAGCAGGCAUGUGUGUACACGGAGCUGUCUCCAUGUCCUCGCCUCAGUGACGUACGCACGGCCCUCACCUAUGACCCCACCUGUGUCUGGUCCCAUUACCACCCAUUACCUCCAUUCAGGGCAGGAGGGGGGGUCCCAGGGGGGGGCAGGGGCUCAGCGGGGCCCUGGCUCCUCCUCUCCAUCCUGUUCUCUCAUUCAUCUAUCAUGAGCGGGCUGCUAAAUGGAGCAGAGCUGUUCGCCUCUGACCCUCUUCAAUGA